AUGAGCCAAGCUGAACCUCUUCUUUCCAAUGUCCCUGAUCUCCAAAACGAUAAUGUCAACGCCGCUCCUGCUCCAGCUCCUGCGCCUACAAACACUACUAGUAGCACCAACACUGAAUCGCCAUCACGCUUCGAAUUCCUAAAGAAAGCUCGUGAAUUCCGAGAGGAAAAGCUUGCCAAACUUCGUCCCUUGAAUGACUUUUUUGACAAGAACCGUUUCAGCUUCACAACUUCUAUUGGCGAAAUCACCAAGCGUUGGAAUUACAACCUACAACAUUUCGCUGUCAAUUAUAUGCUCAUUGUCCUUGGAUUGGCCAUCUAUGCAGUAAUCACAAACUGGUCAUUGCUAUUUACGAUUGCAUUCAUCUUUGGUGGUUUCUUUGUCAUCUCGCGCUUGGAUGGUGCAUUGACAAUCGGUAAUACCACCAUAUCCGCUUCAGCCAUGUACGGUGCCUAUUGCGGUGCAUCCCUCAUACUACUCCUCUUUUCUGGUGCUACGGGUGCCAUCUUUUGGAUCAUCAGUGCUGCUGCUGUCGUUAUUUUGGCCCAUGCUGCCUUGUUGGAACCUAGCAUUGAGAGCGAGUUUAAUGCAGAUAAUCAAGUCUAA